AUGAAUGGACUACACCCUAAAAAAAAGAUAUUUCUUCUUUAUUACUCAAUGGCUGUGAAAUGGACCCUUCAAACGUUGAUCGCUGCUCAUUCACAUUGUCAAAAAAAUAAAGUUGAAAUACUUCAAAGCACAUUAUGUGGUUGUAUUCAAUGUUUGGCACAAUUUGAGCCUGGUGAAAUUUUUGAUUGGAGUGAUGAUCAAGAAACAGCAAUGUGUCCGUUAUGUGAUGGAUCCAAUUCAGUUAUAGGGAAUGCAUCUCAUUAUCCCGUAGAAAACGUUGAAUUUCUACAAAUGAUGAAAGAUAAAUGGUUUGAUCAGCAGUAUCAAUAA